AUGCCCCACGAGCCAGAAACCAUCCUUUCACUGCUUGUGCGCACUCAGUCAGCUGACACUCAAAGUCACGUGAUUUUUGUAGGCAGAUAGAGUGCACAAGGUUGCUGGUAAACAUCUCGCUGGGUUUGAAACAAAGUUUCUAGUUAUUGUAUAUUAUAUCCUCGCACGUCCAACAUGGCUUGGACAAAGUAUCAACUCUUUCUUGCGGGUCUUAUGCUCACAACCGGCUCUAUCAACACUCUAUCAGCAAAAUGGGCUGACAUGUUCUCCGCAAAGGGUUGUAAAGACUCCCCUGAACACGCAUUCGCCCACCCAUUUGUACAGGCCGUAGGGAUGUUCCUGGGAGAGCUCAGUUGUCUGGCUGUCUUCCACAUGCUGCUUUGUCACUACAGACGGAGACCAGAGCCCAAGAUGAACACGGGCCAGAGCUUCAACCCCCUCCUUUUCCUUUCCCCUGCCCUCUGUGACAUGACCGCGACCUCCAUCAUGUAUGUUGCUCUGAACAUGACGAGCGCCUCCAGCUUCCAGAUGUUGCGCGGGGCAGUGAUCAUCUUCACAGGCCUGCUCUCGGUGGCCUUCCUAGGGCGCCGCCUGGUAGCCAGUCAGUGGACAGGCAUCCUCAUCACCAUCCUGGGGUUGAUAGUGGUGGGCCUGGCUGACUUCAUGAGCGGACACAAGGACGACUCUCACAAACUUAGCGAGGUCAUCACUGGUGACCUUCUGAUCAUCAUGGCCCAGGUCAUUGCUGCUGUCCAGAUGGUUCUGGAGGAGAAGUUUGUCUACAAGCAUGAUGUUCAUCCUUUACGGGCAGUGGGCACUGAAGGGUUCUUUGGCUUCUUCAUCCUCUCGCUCCUCCUCAUCCCCUUUUUCUACAUCCCGGUGGGCAGCUUCAGCAACAACCCCCGCCAUGUCCUUGAGGACGCGCUGGACGCCUUCUGCCAGAUCAGCCACAACCCCAUGAUCAUCCUGGCGUUGCUCGGUAAUACAGUGUCCAUCGCCUUCUUCAACUUUGCCGGCAUUUCUGUCACCAAGGAGAUCAGUGCCACCACGCGCAUGGUGCUGGACAGCCUGCGCACUGUGGUCAUCUGGGUGGUCAGUCUGGCUCUGGGCUGGGAGCAGUUCCAUGGGUUACAGGUGUUGGGUUUCAUUGUGCUGUUGGUGGGUGCGGCACUGUAUAAUGGGCUUCAUCGCCCCGUGCUAGCAAGGAUUCUGUGCUGCGCCAGUGUGGAGGAGGAAGAAGUCAACCCAGUGGAGAGGACGAGAUUGCUGGACGAGGGAAGGGUGCAGGAAGAGGGCUAACUGACCUGAUAUGAUGACCUCGCAACAUGCUGAAAGUGUGUGUGUGUGUAUGACAUGUAGAUAACAUAACCCUGUCGUAUUGUGGUUAGAGCGUUGGACUAGUAACCGGAAGGUUGCGAGUUCAAACCCCCGAGCUGACAAGGUACAAAUCUGUCGUUCUACCCCUGAACAGGCAGUUAACCCACUGUUCCCAGGCUGUCAUUGAAAAUAAGAAUAUGUUCUUAACUGACUUGCCUGGUUAAAUAAAGGUAAAAUAAAAAAAAUAAAAAAAAUGCGUGUGUGACAUAGACAACACACUUCUCAGAUAACUACAUGACAUUAUCUUUAAAACUUUUAACGCCUGGUUGUAAAUUCCAGGUGACAUAUAUUGAUAGGAUCUUGGACUAGCCCUCCUCAAGGCUUGUUGCAGCAUCGGUUAAAUGUGUCAGUGGUGGCAGUCAUCUUAUAUAUCCCCAAAAGGUUAACCAUAACAUUGUUUGAUAGAGUGCGCUACUGUGGUCAUUGAUACAGUGGCUUGCAAAAGUAUUCAUCCCCCUUGGCAUUUUUCCUAUUUUGUUGCCUUACAACCUGGAAUUAAAAUAGAUUUUUUGGGGGGGUUUGUAUCAUUUGAAUUACACAACAUGCCUAACCCUUUGAAGAUGCAAAAUAUUUUGUGAAACAAACAAGAAAUAAGACAAACAGAACUUGAGCGUACAUAACUAUUCACCCCUGCAAAGUCAAUACUUUGUAGAGCCACCUUUUGCAGCAAGUAUUUUGGGGUAUGUCUCUAUAAGCUUGGCACAUCUAGCCACUGGGAUUUUUGCCCAUUCUUCAAGGCAAAACUGCUCCAGCUCCUUCAAGUUGGAUGGGUUCCACUGGUGUACAGCAAUCUUUAAGUGAUACCACAGAUUCUCAAUUGGAUUUAGGUCUGUGCUAUGACUAGGCUAUUCCAAGACAUUUAAAUGUUUCCCCUUAACCACUUAAGUGUUGCUUUAGCAGUGUGCUUAGGGUCAUUGUCCUGCUGGAAGGUGAACCUCUAUCCCAGUCUCAAAGAAGUCUCUGGAAGACUGAAACAUUUUUUUCUCUAAGCAAUGGUAUUUUUUCUGGACACUCUUCUGUAAAGCCCAGCUCUGUGGAGUGUAGGGCAGGCGUUCAGCUAGCGGAACCCCUCGACAACAUUCCGCUGAAAAGGCAGUGCGCAAAAUUCAAUAAAUAUUUUUUAGAAAUAUGUAACUUUCACACAUUAACAAGUCCAAUAAGCAAAUGAACGAAACCUCUUGUUAAUCUACCCAUCGUGUCCGAUUUCAAAAAUGCUUUACAGCGUAAGCACAACAUAUGAUUGUUAGAUCACCGCCAAGUCAAAAAAAACAGCCAUUUUUCCAGCCUGGAGUCACAAAAAGCAGAAAUAUAGAGCAAAUGAAUCACUAACCUUUGAUCUUUAUCAGAUGACACUCAUAGGACAUCAUGUUACACAAUACAUGUAUGUUUGGUUCAAUAAUGUGCAUAUUUAUAUCCAAAAAUCUCAGUUUACAUUACGUGCAGUAAUGUUUUGAUUCCAAAACAUCUGGUGAUUUUGCAGAAAUACUCAUAAAGCAUUGAUAAAAUUGUACAAUUGUACAAUACAAUUGUUAUUCACAGAAUUAAAGAUGGACUUCUCCUUAAUGCAACCGCUGUGUCAGAUUUUUUAAAAACUUUACAGAAAAAAGCAUAAUCUGAGAAUGGCGCUCAGAGCCCAAUCCACCCAGAGAAAUAUCUGCCAUUUGAGUCAACAGAAGUCAGAAAUAACACCAUAAAUAUUCACUUACCUUUGAUCUUCAUCAGAAGGCACUCCCAGGAAUCUCAGUUUGACAAUAAAUGACUGAUUUGUUCCAAAAAGUCCAUCAUUUAUGUCCAAAUAGCCACUUGUUGUUAGCGUGUUCAGCCCAGUAAUCCAUCUUCAUGAGGCGCAAGCACUUCGUCCAGACAAAAACUCAAAGUUCCGUAGAAACAAGUCAAACAAUGUAUGGAAUCAAUCUUUAGGAUGUUUUUAACAUAAAAUAUCAAUAAGCUUCCAACCUGAGAAUUCCUAUGUCUGAAAAAAGGCACUGGAAUGAGAGGUAACUCUGUCAGGAGCAUGCGUCACGAGCCUGAGACACUCUGCCAGACCACUGACCCAAACAGGUCUCAUGAGCCACUCCUUUAUAGUAGAAUCCUCAAACCAGUUUCUAAAGACAGUUGACAUCUAGUGGAAGCCGUAGGAAGUGCAACAACCAAUAUCCCACUGUAUCUUCAAUAGGGGCUGAGUUGAAAAACUACAAACCUCAGAUCCCACUUCCUGGUUGGAUUUUUCUCAGGUUUUUGCCUGCCAAAUGAGCUCUGUUAUACUCCCAGACAUCAUUCAAACCGUUUUAGAAACCUCUUCAAUCUCUUUUUCAAGUUCUCUUCUGUGGAGCUUUGCAGCUCUUUCAGGGUUAUCUUUGGUCUCUUUGUUGCCUCUCUGAUUAAUGCCCUCCUUGCCUGGUCCGUGAGUUUUGGUGGGCGGCCCUCUCUUGGCAGGUUUGUUGUGGUGUAUAUAUAUAUUAUUUUUUUCAUUUUUUUUCACUUCACUAAUUUGAAAUAUUUUGUUACAUGAAUUCCAAAUAAAAAUACAUUUAAAUUACAGGUUGUAAUGCAACAAAAUAGGGAAAACGCCAAAGGGGAUGAAUACUUUUGCAAGGCACUGUAUAUAUGGGUUUACUAUGGUUUCUUAGACUUAACUAAUAUUGGAUUCUGGGAUAUGGUCGUUUUGAGUUGAUUUAAUUUUUUAUGUUUUGGUCUUGGCCAGUGUCAUUUGGUUUGGUGGCUCUCACCGCUGUUUUUCAAUUGGGAAAAUGGGCUUGUGUUCAGCCCUGGCAUUUGUACUGUACUCUUAUUUCUGAUUUCCCCUGGUGUGAAAUCAUGGACAUGUAGUAACUUGGACAAUAUAUUGCAUAUGGCACCAGUGGGCUGUUGGUUCCAUGCUUUUUCAAAUGUUUUUCAUUGUUGCAAUGUACAUUUUACUAAUGUGUCACUAGUGAUAUAACAUCAAUACUAUGUCAGCCAUUGGACUUUUAGUACAUUUUUAGGGCUUUAAAUUAAAAACCACAAAUUAAAAGUUAGCUGAAAUGUUCCCCACUGAACACUUGUUGCAUAAUGACUGAUAUUGUGUGAGUGUCACUACCAUAAGUAUGCUUUGGGAUCUGUGAUUCAAUAUUUCCUGCAUGAUUUUACCUGUGAGGUUUCCCCCUGUGUUUUAUUAUCAAACAAUUGCAAUUGUUCUGGAUAUAUUCAUUGACUGACACAUUAUCACAUGUAAAAAAGAAAAUGGUUAUAAAGUCUAUUACUAGCCCAUGCUUCUUGGUACAUAGUUU